GGCUCGGCUCGGCUCGGCUCGGCUCGGCUCGGCUCGGCUCGGCUCGGCUCGGCUCGGCUCGGUUCGGCGCGGGCGGCUCCGCGGCGGGGCUGAGGCGGGCGCGCGCCGCCAUGGUUUAAGGGCGGCGGACGGACGCGAAGGUGUUGGAACCAUGAACCUGCUCCCGGCCAACCCGCACGGCAACGGGCUGCUCUACGCCGGCUUCAACCAGGACCACGAAAAAACAAGCAAAACUCACUGUGGCCUCAUUGGGACUGUUGUCAACUAGUACUGUAUGAACAAGCAGAGCUGUGGAUGCUUUGCAUGUGGAAUGGAAAAUGGAUUCCGAGUUUAUAAUGCAGACCCACUCAAAGAAAAGGAGAAACAAGAAUUUCUAGAGGGUGGUGUUGGCCAUGUGGAAAUGCUGUUUCGUUGCAACUAUUUAGCUCUAGUAGGUGGAGGAAAAAAGCCAAAGUACCCACCUAACAAAGUGAUGAUCUGGGAUGACCUGAAGAAGAAGACUGUCAUUGAGAUAGAGUUUUCUACAGAAGUCAAAGCAGUUAAGCUGCGAAGAGAUAGAAUUGUGGUAGUCUUGGACUCAAUGAUUAAAGUUUUCACAUUCACACACAAUCCCCACCAGCUGCACGUCUUUGAAACCUGCUACAACCCUAAAGGUCUCUGUGUCCUUUGUCCCAAUAGUAAUAACUCUCUCCUUGCGUUCCCUGGGACACACACGGGCCGUGUGCAGAUCGUGGAUCUCGCCAACACCGAGAAGCCGCCCGUAGACAUCCCGGCUCACGAAGGAGUCUUGAGCUGUAUAGCUUUAAACCUGCAGGGAACAAGGAUUGCAACAGCAUCAGAAAAAGGGACCCUCAUAAGAAUAUUUGAUACUUCAUCAGGGCAUUUAAUCCAGGAGCUACGAAGAGGAUCACAGGCAGCCAACAUAUACUGUAUUAACUUCAAUCAGGAUGCUUCCCUCAUCUGUGUAUCCAGUGACCAUGGCACAGUACAUAUUUUUGCAGCAGAAGACCCUAAAAGAAAUAAGCAGUCAAGUUUGGCCUCUGCCACCUUUCUCCCCAAAUACUUCAGUUCCAAAUGGAGUUUUUCCAAAUUUCAGGUUCCCUCAGGCUCUCCGUGCAUUUGUGCCUUUGGAACAGAGCCAAAUGCUGUCUUAGCAAUCUGUGCAGAUGGCAGCUACUACAAGUUCUUAUUCAACCAAAAAGGGGAAUGCUCGAGGGAUGUGUAUGCUCAGUUCCUGGAGAUGACAGAUGACAAGCUCUGACUGAGCUGAGGCCUGUGCAGGGGUUGAAGCACUGCCUUGGCUAUUCCACAGCUGAUACUGAUCAAGUGUAGCAGGCCUCACGAGGAAGCCUGGCCUGACACGAUCACAUCAAGCUCUGAAGUAGUGGACUACAUCUGUUUAUUCUCAUUUCUGCAAGUAUUCAUCAUUAAAAUACCUUUGGGUUACUGUCACCAACUCAAGUCUUCAAGAUGUGGCUUUCCAUCAGCUUGUGCCUCCGGGGUUUCUCUUUGUGUAAAUUCUGAAGUGGCUUUAGGUUCCAGGGGAGUGCUCCCUGCCCUGCCCCAGCUGCAGCGGCCUGGGCACUUGUGCAACUGGUCUUAGAAAAAGGGAUGUGAAAACAAAAGGAUUUUAGGCACUGCUUUACUCCCCCUGGAUGGCUGGGGCAGGGCAAGACUCUGGAUCAUCCUCAAACCAACCUCUACCAGCCUGGCUGGGAGCAGCAGAUGCUGCCUUCCCCCUGCCCUGAGCACAGUGGGGAGGGACAGGAGAGGACAUGCACAGGGCCAUGGACAGCUGGAGCUGGGACCUGCUUGUCCUUGAAGCUGCUGUUCAGGGGGUGCAGCCACAGCCCCCUGCUCCCAUCCCCUGCCCAAGGGAGCUGAGGGAUCAGCACUGAGUGCCAAAGGGCACAGAGGAGCUGAAGGCACAUUUGGGCACCUUCCCCCUGGGCAGGGGCAGCCCCCCCAGCUCCUGCCUGUGCAGAGCGAGUCCUUCUGUACCAGAGCAGCCCUUGAGGUUCAAAUCCUCCUGGCCAGGGCUGUGCUGGCUGCUGCCUCCCACCCCUCUGCUGCUGCCAGGGAGGAGGGAACAGGCCCCCUGCACAGCCAGCAGUGCUGCCCAGGCUGGGGGAGGAUGUCUGUCGCUGUAGCAGCUUUCAACUUGCAAACUUUUCUUCUUGGUUUGUUUUUUGUACUGGAGAUGUUGCACCCUGCCCCCUGCCUGCUGCUGGCCUGGGCACAGUCAGGGACUGAGCUGGCAGCUCCUGCCCUGAAUUGUGCUAUGGAAAUUAACAUUUACUGCUACAACUAAGGCACAAGGUACUAAACCAGAAACUGAAAUAGCCACAAGCUCCCUGCUCAUAGCACCAAGGGCCAGGGAGGGAAGGCUGAACUCCUGGGAGUCUCAUGUCACAGGUGCUCCAGCUCUGACCUGCCCUGUCCCUCACCUUGUGUAGCUGCAAGCUCUCUCCAUUUGACAAGUUUCUUUUAGUGUCAUGUAACAUACUAAGGACUAACUCCUCCCCCAGUUUCGAUGUCCAGGUUGCAUGUUGCUUUUACGUGUAUCUAAUCACAGGAAUUGUUUUGCACACUUAUUUGUAAGAUGGUAUUUCUUUUAAAUAAAAGUGACUAAUUUUGCUGUA